GCUUGUCUCUUCCACUCCUUGCCACCGCGCAACUAGGCUCGACCGUUCUCUCCCUCCGUCCUGCCGCCAACACAACUCGUCUUCCACUAGCUUCUCGUACAUAAACAUCUGUAGCAACCAGCGGUAACACUUCAAUUUCAUCUUAUUCUUCAUCGACAUGUCCAGCAACAACACACGAUUUCCCCUGCGAAACCGCUUAGGGUUCCAACGCCCAAAGCUCGCGGACGAGAAUACCACGAGCAAGCACGCACGUCAGCCGUCGGGCGGUAAGCUCGCCGUUGGCGGCAGCCGACUCCCUUCAGCCGUUGGUAAGAACGGCGUGCAACGUCCAGUAUUGAAUGAAGUCACCACUGCUGCAUUGAAUGCAAAG